AUUUUAUGUCGUUGUCUAACAUUUCAAUGACUUGGAAAUCAAAGCAGCACACGGAAGAAAAGCGGUCACUAGAAUGGCUUUUUCCAAGUCUUCGCCAUGAAGUCUUCAUGUACAGUGCUAUAGAAAAUUGCUUUACCUGUUGUAUUUGUGCAUAAUUAACCGCACCUUCCUUGUUUACUCUCUCCGCUUUCGAGUACCUUCUCUCAGUACUUUGCUUCUGUCAAUCUGCCGCCGGUGAUCCAUCGUCCAUCGAACAUUUGUGUCUCCUGCAGAUCGAUGAUUCAUCCAUCGACGGUGCUCCGAGAUUCCGUCGCGAUCAAUUUCUUCGAGUAGAGAAUUGAAUCUACUCAGAGAAGAUUGAAAACCGUCGAUGGAUCGCAGACUGUGCGCCGACGGAUGGAUAUUCAGCAGCGACCGUAAUUCAUUGCACCGUUGAAUCGAGGCGAAGUUGAAGAACAUCGAUCGAUGAGGUGAUCGUCGCGCGUUGAUUGAUUGAUGAUAAAAAGAUAAACAAAUAUGGGAAUUUUCCAGGCCGUCGUCCGCUUCUUCGCCGGAAAAUCUCAGGAUGACGAUGACCGGCACCGGCACAAUCCCUACCUCCGCUGGAGUCACACCCAUUAUCCAAAUCUCCACCGCCGCAACCCUUCUUCCAGAAUAAGCUCCUCCGGCGCCGGAGAUUCUCUCAAUAUAUUUGCCUACUGCAGAGCUGCCGUAAAGUUCCUAUGGCGCAGAUUCGUCGGUCUCUUCUCUACGCCGGCGAGAGCAGAAGAUCCUCUUCUGCCUGUUCAAAUUCCACCGCCGUACCCAAGCAACAGACCUUCGCUGCUCGAAAAUCUCAUCGUUUCUCCGUCUGAUAAUGGCUCCUUUGCCUAUUCCUCGUCGCCGGAGAGAUCGCCGGCUGCCGGAGACUCUCCGGUUACUGACUCUAUGCAAGGGAUCCAAAACCUCCUUGUUUCGCACCCUGAUAACGCCUCCUCCACAUACUACACGUCCCCGGAAAGUUCUCCGGCGGCUGGAAACUCCUCUGUUACCGGCGGGGAGCCGCCGGAGCCGGUGAUAGUGUCGAUACCAGACAUAGCCUACUGGCUCUCUCUUUACGAUGAGAGAACAGUCGAAUCGUCUGUUUUUGUUCAGGAAAUUAGUCCGCCUGCAAAUGUAAGCCGCCGGCUGCCGGAGGCUGCGGCAAAGCCACCGCCGGCGGCGAAAACGGAGGAAACAGCGAAGAAGAAGAGGAGGAAGAAGAAGAAGGCAGCGGAGGGGAAAGGAAAAGAAAGUGCGGCGGCGGAGGUGAUUAUUAUAGAGAGAAGAGCGACGGUGGAGCGAGGGCGGUGGAUCAAACACUACUGCAAUCGCCACCGGAUCCUCGUCGUCGGCGACGGCGACUUCUCCUUCUCAGCUUCCCUCGCCGCCGCCUUCAUCUCCGCCCCCAACAUGUUCGCAACUUCGCUCGACUCCCUAGAAUUCCUGAAGAAGAAUUAUGACGGCGCUGCGUCCAACAUCAACGAGCUCCGGGUUCGGAAGUGCACGGUGAUGCACGGCGUCGACGCCACCAAACUCGCCGGCCACCAACUGCUCGGCAAACUAAAAUUCGACCGCAUAGUAUUCAACUUCCCCUUCGCCGGAUUCUUCAAAGAACUGCCGCGCGACUCUCAGCUCCGGCGUCACCGGCGGCUGGUGAGCUUGUUCCUGAAGAACGCGAAGGAGAUGGUGAAGCAAAAUGGUGAGAUUCACAUAACUCACAAGACGAACGGAUUCCAUGAAGAAUGGAAGGUGGAGGGAAUAGCUUCUUCGCACAGGCUGCGUCUGAUGGAGGCCGUGGAAUUCAACCUUGAGGACUACCCUGGAUAUCGAACCAAGUGUGGAUUUGGGGGAGACGCUAACUUCUUUUGCAAGCCCAGCAAGACCUACAAAUUUGGCCUUAGAUGAAGCAUAUAUAUAUAUAUAUAAUAUGCCUUUUUCUACUAUAUUAUAUAUAUAUAUAUUAUAUUAUAUUAUAUGAUAUGAUAUGAAAAAUGUUCUGCUGUUGUAAAUCGGGUUUAUGAAUUGGCCUUAAAUGGUAUAUAUAUGUUUAUUUUGCUA